AUGGAGUAUUCCUUCGGCUUCGUUGGCGUCGGCACGAUGAACGCGGCCAUCGUUCGCGGCAUCGCCACGCUGCCCGCGCCACCAAAGUCGCUCGACAACCAGGCGGUGGUGGACGCGUCCGACGUGGUAUUUGUCGGCGUGCUCCCGCGGCUUGGCGAGGAGGUCCUGCGCGCCCUCCGCUUCAGCGAGAGGCACACGGUGCGGGCAUGCUGUGCGCCCGUGCCGCCCGCGUCGGUCGUGCGAGCCAUCCCGCUGCCGCCCGUCGCAAAGCAGCGGGGCGCAUGCGUCAUGACGCCGCGGCACGCGCCGGUGGCGGCGCUGUUCUCCAAGCUCGGCACCGUCGUCGAGGUGGACAGCGAGGAGGAGAUGCGAAAGAUGAUUGGCAUCACCUGCCUGAUGGGCCAGCUCUACGCGCAGCAGCUCGCCGCACAGAGCUGGCUGCAGGAGCAGGGCGUGGACGCGGGCGCAGCAGCGAGGUGGGUGGGAGCCGUCUACCACACCGUCUCGUACGACUCCGCCACGCCGGGCCCGGACACCUUUGCCUCGCUCGUCGAGGAGCAGACCCCGGGCGGGCUCAACGAGCAGGUGCUCCGCGAGAUGAGGGAGGCGGGCGCCAGCCUCGCGCUGCGCGACUCGCUCGACGACCCCCUAGGCCACGCCGCGCAGGGGCGACUUCACGGCGAGGGUCGGACGGGGCGGCUCGUCGUGGUGUCUGAAGCAACGCCACAACGCCAGACAUGGCCGGCGCCGGGUUUCUCGCUAUCGGCUGUGCCGCCCACGCCCCAUGAUACAUGCGACGAGGUGUCGGUGAUCCUGAUCGGUCUUCGGUGA